UUUAAUUUUUUAUUUCUUCCUUUUUGUUUGCAGGCAGCUCUUGACUUCAAAAUGGGAUCUCUUUCUAAAUCAGUUGCUGAAUUUUGCCUUGAUCUUUUCCAUGAGGUAAACAAAACUGAUCCUAAGAAAAACAUCUUCUUCUCACCUGUGAGUAUCUCAGUUGCCUUGGCCAUGGUUUCCUUGGGGGCCAAAGGUAACACUGCAGCACAGAUGGAAAAAGUGCUUCACUUCAACAGAGCUGCAGGAAGCACAGAGCCUAUGGCUGGGCCUUGUUCUGAAUGCGGGGCUGAAGGAAAUGCGCUGGAGCAUCACAGUGAAAGCGAGUAUCAGCCAUACCCUUCCCUCCCAAAGCCUUCUCCUUCACGGUGCAGGUUGGUCGGAGGGAUUCACAGAGAGUUCCACACACUCCUCUCCGAGCUGAAAAAGUUAGACACAAGCUAUAUUUUGAGUCUGGCUAACACUCUGUUUCUCCAGAUAGAUUUUCCUUUUCAAAAGAACUACAUUGACUGCACUAAGGAACUCUAUGGAGCAGUACUGCAAACAGGCGACUUCAAGAAUGCCACUGAAGCAGCCAGACAGAAGAUUAACUCCUGGGUUGAAACCCAGACACAAGGCAAAAUCAAGGAACUUUUUGUCCCUGGUAUCAUUACGCCAGUAACUGUACUGGUGCUGGUAAAUGCAAUUUACUUCAAAGCAAAUUGGAAAUACAAGUUUGACAAAACUAAAACAGUGAAAAGAGACUUUAGGCUGAACCAGAAUGACAAAAAAUCUGUGCAGAUGAUGUAUCAGCAAGGCAAAUUUAAAAUGGCCCACAUACAAGAGAUCAACGCUCAAAUUCUUGAACUCCCUUAUAAUAAAACAUCACUGAGUAUGAUCAUACUGCUACCAAAUGACAUCACUGAUAGAGCCAAUGGCCUGAAAAAGAUUGAAAGGACAAUGACUGCUGAGAAAUUAGCACUUUGGACCUCCUCAGAAAGCCUGGUGGAGAGAAAAAUGGAGGUGUAUCUCCCCAGGUUCAAGCUUGAGGACAUGUUUUAUCUCAAAUCAACUUUAAAAGAAAUGGGGAUGACUGACGUCUUUGAUGAGUUAAGAGCUGAUCUUUCUGCAAUAUCAAGAAAAAGCCAUCUAUAUAUGUCAGAGGCUGUUCACAAGGCCUAUGUGGAGGUUAAUGAGGAGGGCACUGAGGCAGCAGCAGCCACAGGAGCAGUCAUUAACAACAGAUCCUUGCCAUCUAGUGAAGUAUUUAUGGCUGAUCAUCCUUUCUUCUUCUUUAUCCGGCACAAUCCCACCAAUACCAUACUCUUCUUUGGCAAACUCUGCUCUCCUUAAAAUCAAAGUUCUUUUUUUUUUUUACCACAGCCAGGGACAGAUGGAACAAUAUUGAACUACAGCCUGACAUGAAAUAUUAAGGGAAAAGUUUAUUUUCUCAAUACUUUUCUAAUCCCUUGACAUUCAAACUAGAAAUGAUGAUGAUAGCUCCUUCAAUCCCUUUCAUAGGGGCAAUAGACUUAGGGUCCAUUCUGCUUCCACAGACCAGAAUUCCUUACUGUAAUGUAGGCCAGCAGUUCCCAAAUGUUAAGAGCUCUCUGAAAGUCAAAAAAGGUACAUGGUAUACCACCCAAAUGCUUAUAUUCACUAUAUUUAUAGCUAAGUCAUACUACUUUGGUUAGGGGCAGAUCCAGGAUUUCCCAAAGCGGGGUUCAGAAUCAGUACCCCACACUGCAGGGGUAUCUGUACUCCCCUGCUCCCAACCUCCUCCUCUCCUCUGGUGGCAAUGCUGCAGAAACCUCUGGAGUCUUUUUUUAAGUCCCUAAAGCAAAUGAAAAUUCCCCUCUCUCUUACCCUUCAUGCUCAGAGGCACAU